AUGGGUUUCACUGACUUUAUUUCGGAGACCGGCCUUACUCUGGCCAACAACUACCUGUCCUCGCGCAGCUACGUCGUUGGCCACGCCCCCAGCCAGGCCGAUGUCGUGACCUUCAAGGCCUUCAGCGGUGCCCCUGACGCGGAGAAGUACCCCCACGUCGCCCGCUGGUACAAGCACAUCGCCUCUUUCGAGAGCGAAUUCUCCACCCUGCCCGGUGAUCCCUCCAAGGCUUUCACUGCCUACGGCCCUGAGUCCACGGAGUUACCCACGAACCCCAAGGACAAGCCGGCUGAGGAGGAUGAGGAUGAGGACCUCUUCGGUAGCGACUCUGAGGAGGAGGACGCCUCGGUCGUUGCUGAGCGCAACAAGCGUCUUGAGGAGUACAAGAAGAAAAAGGAGGCCAAACCCAAGCCCGUGGCCAAGUCCAUGGUCACCCUGGAGGUGAAGCCCUGGGAUGACGAGACCAACCUGGAGGAGCUGGAGGCCAACGUCCGUGCCAUCGAGCAGGAAGGCCUCGUGUGGGGUGCCUCCAAGUUCGUCGCCGUUGGCUUCGGUAUCAAGAAGCUCCAGAUCAACCUGGUCGUCGAGGACGACAAGGUCUCGACGGAUGAGCUCCAGGCCCGAAUCGAGGAGGAUGAGGACCACGUCCAGUCCACCGAUGUCGCGGCCAUGAUGAAGCUGUGA